CCGACUGUCCUCUGAACUCUGAGACAACCUCAAGCAUCAUCAUUCACACAAAUGCAACAGCUCGGAAACUAAACGGACCUUCUGGGACUACCCACUGCAUUUCAAACCAGUCGAAUCACUCUUUCAUUUAGAACAGGCGAUGGAGGAUCAGCAGAGAGUCACCGAUCACUCUUCUUGUAGCUCGUGCAAAAGAACGGUGAAGCGAAAAACAGCGAUGACUUCAUGGAGUAGAAUUUGGCUCUUCACAAUGGCAUUGUCACUGUACUCAUUACAAGCCUCGGCAGAGACCCUCUGCGGAGGAGAACUAGUGGACACGCUUCAGUUCGUGUGUGGAGAAAGAGGCUUUUAUUUCAGCAGGCCCUACAGAUCAAACGGCCGGCGUCCCCAGAGAGGCAUCGUGGAGGAGUGCUGCUUUCGGAGCUGUGAUCUGCACCUGCUGGAGCAGUAUUGUGCCAAACCUGCAAAGUCUGAGCGCGAUGUCUCUUCCACUUCGCUGCAGGUUGUCCCAGUGUUACAUACCCUUCACAAGGAGAACUCAAGGAGGCCCAUUAAUGUGAGGUUUUCCAAAUAUGAUGUGUGGCAACAGAGGGCUACCCAAAGGCUGAGGAGAGGAGUACCUUCCAUCUUUCAUGCCAGAAGGUUUAUGAGGCAAGUUGACAAGAUCCGUGCCCAGGAGGAGACUGACUCACACCGGCCUCUGAUGACCAUGCCUAGCCGACACCCACCUAUCCUCCAUCGCACCCAGAGACAUGCCAGCCAGAAGUGAAGCCAGAACUGCCCAGACAUCAGAAAACAAGGGAUUAUAACCCCCGGCCUGCAUCAACAGAGGCAUUCUUUGUGAGCCUUGCCAUCAAGCAUCCUUUGCAAAUACAGAUAUGAGCAUUCUGUGUUAUGUCCCACCUAACCCAGCUAAAGACUUGUUAGCAACAGAGCUGAAUGUACGAGUGAUGGAUCAGGCAACAGGAGAGAUGAAUAUGGUGUCUGACUAACAGAGUGGACGCCCAGAACUGAUACAGUUGAGUUUCCUGGCGAGUGUGACAGUCUUCCUUCCACAGCAUCCAUCUCUGAGACAGUGACUUGUCUCUUUUGCACCUGUGAUUCUUAAGUUACACUAUAGGAAACAAUUUUUAUUGAAAUUAGACUCCUCUAUACGCACCUUUCAACCAAUACCCCCCUCCUUCCCCUUGGUGGUGCAAUAAUGAAGAAAAAACAUCGGCACAUUGCACAAGGCCACGAACAAUGAUAACGGCACUAUUUUUUUACGGACUGCUCGAUAUGAUAAUUUUAUGGUGCUACCUUUGGGAAUGGACUCAAAGAAGAGAUUGAAAGCAAUCUGCUCUCGUCAACAUGUUAAACUUUCCGUUUUAGGAAAUGCAAGGCAUUGAACGAGAGGCAAAUUGAGUGGCUCGACCGGGGACGAGCUAAAGCAACUCAGACUGUGCUCUGAGAUCCACUGCGUGGGCUCCAGGGAGAGGGGAUGUAGCCCAGGGCUGCCUCAUGAGCUAGCUUCCAGACAGCAUGAGGGAAACAUCAAGGAAUACCAUUGCUGAGGACAUUUUGCAACCAAGUUAAGUUUGGACUUCGAGUGAGAGCAGUCUUAAGAUGCCACAGACCUGUACCAUAACAUUUCUGUUUCCAGUCUAAAACUUUGCCAUUUUAUCAGUCAUUUCCUGUCUUUACUACGUAUAUACAGUACAAAAAGAAUGGAACAAUCAUUUCAAAGGGAAAACAGCAAUAAUGUCUUCUUGCAUAUUUUCCAUGUACAGCAGCAGUAUUCCAGUGCUUUUGCUUGAAAUGAAAUACUUGAAUAUGUAUAAUUAGUCUCCAGGGACAUCAUGUCAUCGAUCUUACAGUAGUAUGAGCAGUUCUUUUGCAAAAUGAGCCUCCGAGCAUUUUUCUUGGUUCAGAUACAAGUAAUGGCACUGUAUAAAGGCAUUAUUUAUUUUGAUAUAAACAUAUGAAAAAUGGUCCCAAUGAUGGCACACAUCCAUAACUGGCAGAUUUGUGUUACAGUAUCAUUUUAUUUGUACUGCUCAUGUAUGUAGAUGCUUUGUACCAAAAAAGUUUUCUCUUUUUUAAGUAAAGUCAGUGGAAGCU